AUGAAGACAUCACGACUCGAAUCCGCCAAUGGCUUCCCGCGCCAUCUGCGCCAAAACCGGCUUCUGCGCAAGCUCCUCAAGGCCCAUCACGCAGCAACAUACGACCCCCCGCCGGCCUCGCAUCCUGUCCAGCACCCUGUCCAGCAUGCCACCAAGUGCGAACAAGAGAAGGAAAUAGCAGAGCGCAUGGUCCCCGACAUCCACAUCACCCCGCCGCCUUCGUACCACGAGAUCCCCCGCUCCGCACCUGCCGUCCGAGAAGUCCCCCGCUUCCGUCCCACGAUUCACGACCCUGACCCGCACUUGCGCGCCGCACACUCGGUCGCUUCUUUGGGCUCCACCAUACUCACCAACGUACCGCUCCUCUCCGGCCUCGACGAAAUGGACCUCCGCCGCUGCCCAUCCGCCUCCACCCUCCUCCCUCCCACCACCUACCAAGCUGCCGCACCGCUUCGCCACCACCGCAGCGCCGACAACCUUCUGUCCCGCCACUCUUCCUCCGGCCCCACCACCCUCCCGCCUGCAUCACCGCUAAGCAGCCACCCGGUCGACCCCUCCUCUCCUCCCACCGAACCCGAUCACCAGUCCGCCGCCCACCAUCAGCAACAACGACGCCGACGAGCCGCCAAGCCACCCUCCCUCAAGCGCGCAACCAGCUACCCCCUCAUCUCCGUCUCCAUCAUGACCCCCAUCCGCGAAGAGCCGCGCUCGCCCCGCCCCGGCGCCCUCACCACCGCCGCCUCUCCCCGCCGCCUCCCCAGCAUCCUCCGCCCCGCCCCAUCCUCCCGCCACCGCCUCCGCCCCUCGCCUAAAAAACGCGUCCGCUUCUCCCUCUCCUCCGACUCCGACUCCGACUCCGUCUCCCCCGCCUCCCUGAUCCACCACCCGCAAUACGCGCAACACCACGGCCAACUCACCUUCCUCUUCGCUACCGCCGCCGUGGCAUCCCUCCUCCUGUUCCUCUUCGCCGUCACCGUCGCCGACGACUGCGUCGCCGGCCUCGCCUGGGCCUGGCGCUGGUCCGCCCGCCUCGAGUACGCCGUCGCCUUCGCGGUGGGCUGCGGCGUCGCGCACUGGCUCGUGGCCGCCGGCGUCGGCCUCGGCGUCGGCGCCGGAAUCGACGACGUCGUGGGCGGGACGCUGGCGAGGGCGAGGGAGGAGGGGUGGUGUUAG